GCUUGGAAUCUAGGGUUUCUCUGCUUCUGGAAACCUUCUUCGUUUGUCGCUCUGUUUGCAUGAUAUCACUGCUAUUCCUCGUAUCCUAAAUUUCUUCUUCUUCUAGGAGUUAAUGGACCAAAUUGAGAUUCAUGUAGAAGAUUCCGAUGAAGUUGAUGAUUCUUGCAAGAACGCUUCAAGAAUUUCAGGUAAGGCUGGGGAAUUAAAGAGCUUGAAGGAAGAUGUUUUCCAAAAGGCCAAGGAUUUGGACUUGAUUAUUGAUGUGUCCGGGAAAAGUUUCAACUUUCCUGUGCUGGAAUGCUCUAUAGACGAAAUGGAGGGUCUGUAUAUGUACAAGAAUACAUUCAAUUUGAUUUCAAGUGCAAAUGGAGGCCUAGAGAGGCUGAAGACGCUCAAAUUCUUUGCCAAUGAUGUGAAUUUGUUCCCGCCUGGGGAGUUAAAGAACUUGGUUGAGCUUGAGUGUUUGCAAGUGAAGGUGGCGAUUCCAGGUUUAAGUGGGCUGGAUCUCCAGGAGCUGAAGGGCUUGAAAGAACUUGAGCUAUGUAAAGUACCCUCAAAGCCUUCAGCUUUUCCAAUUUUUAGGGACAUCACUGGCCUUAAACGGCUAACAAAGCUCUCUGUUUGCCAUUUUUCCAUUAGGUUCCUCCCUCCAGAGAUUGGCUAUCUUGUCAAUCUGGAGUUCCUAGAUCUUUCAUUCAAUAAGAUGAGGAGUUUACCAACUGAAAUAACUUAUCUCAAUUCCUUAUUGUCCCUGAAAGUUUCUAAUAACAAAUUGGCUGAAGUUCCUUCAGGCUUGUCUUCUCUACGAAGACUGGAACAUUUGGAUUUUUCUCACAACAGAUUGACGUCCAUGAGAAAUCUUGAACUUGGUUUAAUGCAUAAUCUUCAGAGACUCAAUCUUCAGGAUAAUAGACUUCUCCAGCAUUGCAAUAUACCCCCAUGGAUAUGCUGUAAUUUGGAGGGCAAUUUCUUUGAAGACUCAUUCUGCUCAUCCACGGAAAUGGAUGUUCUUGAAGGUACUUUUGAAGAGACUCCUAGCGGUACCCAACAAGGCUCUUCUAUUACAUCAUCCUCUCGUUCAACUGGCUCAGCAGCACAUAAUAGAUGUUUUGGGCCACGAAAUUCAAAGCGAUGGAAACGACGACAGUAUUUGCACCAGAGAGCACGCCAAGAAAGACUGAACAACAUCAGGAAAUGGAGAGUGGAAAACCAAUGUACAAUGCAACAAACUUCAAAAAAUUGUGUUGAUUGUGAGCAUUCUGCAUCUGCUACUGUGGGUACUGAUAGUAGAAAAGAUGAAGUGUCUUCUAAUUCCGACAACCUCAACUCUCUUGCUGAUUUUGAUGAUGAUGAUAUUGACUUGAAGAAGGAUAUCUUUGAAAAAUGUCCAUGUGAUAAGCCUAACUCCACUGUAAUUUGCAAUGUGGUGAAGGAUAACACUAUUGAAAGGGAUACAUUAUUAGAAUCUGUUUCAAGUGCUGACAAUGCACAGGAUGAAGUUUCAUCUCCUGAUGUUAUUGAUAGUCCUUCAAAUUCAAAAAGGCAUUUUGAUGGAUCUCUUGAAAAUCCAAAACCAAGCAAAACUAGAAGGCCUACCAAUCCUUCUUAUUUGUCACAGAAAUAUAGUGAUCUAUCAUUUUGUGGAAUUGAUGAUCUCCUUCCUGAUGGCUUUUAUGAUGCUGGGCGUGAUCGACCUUUUAUGCCACUGAGCAUUUAUGAUCAAAAUUUGCCACUUGGUUCACGUGAAGUUAUUCUUGUUGACAGGCAAAAAGAUGAAGGUUUAGAUUCCAUACUACUGCGUGCCCAGGCAUUAGUAUAUCAUUUUACACAGAUAAAUGGUAUGAUCAAGGAUAGAGGACAUGCGGCCAUUGAUCACCUUCAAGUUGCAUCAUUACUUGCCCUUUUUGUGUCUGAUCAUUUUGGUGGGAGUGAUAGGAGUGCUCUUAUUCAGAAGACAAGGAAAGAGGUAUCUGGUUCAAACUGCAGGAAGCCUUUUGUCUGCACAUGCUCCACUGGAAAUGCCGAUGGUCUAAAUAAGGUCACAGAGCAAAGUCUAAGCAAUGUACAAGAUACUUGUUUAAGUGAUCUGUGUGAGAGAUCUCUCCACUCUAUUAUGUCAAGGGAGAAUUCUUCGGUUGUUCCAAUUGGAAGCUUGAGGUUUGGCAUUUGUAGGCACAGAGCAUUACUUAUGAAGUUUCUUUGUGACCGGAUAGAGCCUCACAUACCUUGUGAGCUUGUUAGGGGGUACUUGGACUUCUCUCGUCAUGCAUGGAAUGCUAUUAUUAUCGAAAGGGGUGGCAGACUGGUUAGGAUGAUAGUUGAUGCAUGCCACCCCCAUGACAUUAGAGAAGAAACAGAUCCAGAAUACUUUUGCAGGUAUGUUCCAUUGAGCCGGGUGAAUUCUCCUCUUAAACCUGUUGCCCAUUCUCCGCCAGGAUCAUUUCCUUCUCUAUCUGCUUCGGAUGAAAUUGGGAAAGUUGCUUCUACAACCCUUAUCCAAUGUAAACUGGGAUCACAAGAGUCUUUGGCGAAGGUGCGGACUCUGGAAGUACAUGGAUCAUCCAUCGAUGAAAUUCAGAAUUUUGAGUUUAGUUGUGUAGGGGAAGUCAGGAUGUUGGGUGUCCUGAAGCAUCCCUGCAUUGUAGAGAUUUAUGGUCAUCAGAUUUCUUCAAAGUGGAAUUUGUCUGAAGAUGGAAAUAUUAAUUGCCGUCUUUUGCGGUCUGCCAUUUUGAUGGAACAUGUUAAAGGAGGCUCAUUAAAGAGCUAUUUAGAGAAAAUUUCUGGGGCUGGUGAGAAUCGUCUACCACUGGAACUGGCACUUUUCAUUGCCAGAGAUGUGGCAUCUGCAUUGAGAGAGCUGCAUUCCAGACAUAUUAUACACCGCGACAUAAAAACUGAAAAUGUUUUGAUUGAUUUGGACAAGAAGAGAGAUGAUGGUACACCUACAGUAAAGCUAUGUGACUUUGAUAGAGCAAUCCCGCUUCACUCUUACUUGCACACUUGCUGCAUUGCACACACUGGAAUUCCUCCACCUGAUGUUUGUGUUGGAACACCUCGUUGGAUGUCUCCUGAGGUGUUUCGAGCAAUGCACGAGCCCAACAUGUAUGGAUUGGAAGCUGAUAUCUGGUCAUUUGGUUGCCUCCUCUUGGAACUAUUGACUCUUCAAGUUCCAUAUGCCGGAUUGCCUGAAUCGGAUAUUCAGACUUCUCUUCAGAUGGGCGAACGACCAAAACUGAGUAAAGAGUUGGACGCAAUGGCGGAAUCCAAAGAAAAGAUAGAGGAUUUAGCAGGUUCUGACUGUAGGACUGAGCUGGACGCCGAGUCAGCCCUUUUAAAAUUUCUUGUUUCUGUAUAUCAUUGGUGUACAGAAAAGAGUCCACGCGACCGCCCCACGGCUGAGAACCUUUACAAGCUCUUGUUUACCCGAGCUUGCUCUGUACUUACUACUAGUUCAAGAACGUCAGAUGAUGUAUAGGAUGUUUGAUCAAUCUUUAAUUUGUAGCUGAGUUCAAAGAUUUUGUAUCUUAGGUAGUUGCUACCUCAUUAUAUUUUAUCAUCCCACACCAAUUAUUUAUGAUUAAUUCCUCCAUGAUUUCUGUAACAUAUAGUGUUAUAUAAAAGAACUCAAAUAAGAGGUCUGAACCAUUAAGAGCUAGUAUAUUGCUUAACUAUUCAGAGGCAAAUGUCUGAUCAAUUCAGAUAAGAGGUCUUAACCAUUCAGACUCUGUAUAAUACUUAACCAUUCAGAGGCAAAUCUCUUAACCAUUCAGACAUCUGAACCAUUAAGAGGCUGAAACAAACAGUCUCAACCAUU